UUAACAUUUUUGGCCAAGUUUCGACCUUUUCCCUAUUUUUUCUUUUCCUUCAGCUAAAUUUUAAUUAAAUUCUAUAAAAUGAUUGCCAUAGACCCAAACAAUGACAUGGCAUAUUCCAUCGUGGUCUUCGGAGCCUCAGGGGCCCUGGCCAAGCAGAGGGUGUUCCCAGCUCUUUGGGCUCUCUACCGGGAAAACCGACUACCGCAGGGCACCAAGAUAUUCACAUACUGCCGGACUCACCUCCAGACAAAGACCUACCGGCUGCAAGUGCUGCCCUACAUGGAGCUGGACAAGAAUCGGGACCCGAAGAAGUACAACCUCUUCUGGAAGAACGUGUUCUGUGUGCAGGGUGAGUAUGACAAACCGGAGCAUUACGCGGCUCUCACGGAGGCGAUGAUAAGCCAGGAGCUGAAGCACAACCAGGUGCAUGCAAACAGGAUCUUUUACCUGGCUGUGCCGCCUAUCGUCUUCGACCAGGUGACCCUGAAUGCCAGCCGAAAGUGCAGCUCCACCACGGGCUGGAACCGGAUCAUUGUGGAGAAGCCGUUUGGACGGGACGACGUCUCCUACAAAGCCUUCCAGACGUCGCUGUGCAACAGCUUCCGGGAGUCGCAGAUCUAUCUAAUGGACCACCUUCUCAGCCGACAGGUGAUGCAGAACUUCUUCGCGCUUCGCUACUCGAACCACCUGUGGGGUGAAACCUUAAACAAUCGCCAUGUGGCAGCGGUGAUGAUAUCCGUGAAGUGUGACCUUCCGGUACUGGCGACUCGGGCGGACUACUUCAACCACCAUGGCAUCAUUCGCCACUUGAUGACCAACCACAUGAUCCAAACUGUGGCCAUGUUGGCCAUGGACCAGCCAUACACAAACAGUGCCGAGGAUCUGCGGGUCGAGAGGCUGAAGGUCCUUCGACAGGUUCUCACCCCCAAUAUGGGUGACGUGGUCAUCGCACAGUAUCGCAACAACCGGAAGGAACUGGAACUGGAAAAGUGCGGCUACACGGAGCACAGCUACAUACCGAAAGACUCCUUCACUCCCACCUUCGCCAUGGUGGUUCUUUACAUCAACAGUCGCCGCUGGUCCGGUGUGCCCUUCAUCCUGCGGGCUGGAAAGGCCAUGAACGACAGCAAGUCGGAGGUGCGCAUCCAGUACAAGCCGGUGGACUGCGACGCUUUUCACAGCGACAGCGCCGACGUGAGAAACGAGCUGGUCCUGAGAUCCUUUCCCACGGAGGAAGUGUUCAUGCGCAUGCGUCUGAAGCGACAUGGAGAGGACCUCUGCCUUCGGGAGAGCGAGAUCAACCUUAGAGUGGACGACCGGGGACCGAAGGGCAUCCAAGGCCUUCCCGGCUUCCUGCUCAACGUCUUCCAAGGCGACCAGACACUCUUUAUGCGCACCGACGAGCAGUGCGAGAUCUGGCGUAUAUUCACCCCGAUCCUCACUUCCAUCGAUGCCGACCGUCCCCGCCCACUCAACUACGACUUUGGGUCCCGGGGUCCUUUACUGGCAUACCGCAAGGCUGAGCGCGUGGGCUUCGUGUUCUUCGCCUCGGACGAGUGGCACCAGAGCGAGGAGACGCUGGAGUACACGGUCAAGAGGAGCAAGCAGCUCAUCGGACCCCAUACCGCCCUCAAGCCGGUCAGGGAGCCUCGGUCGAAAAGGGCCUCGAAGCUAAGCUCCAAUCCUAAGGCAGAGAGCUAAUAAAAUCAACAACGAAAGUUUUUUAAUUAAACAAGUGCAGCGUGCUGGGCUGCACCAGCUGGCCACCUCUUCACCUUGACCGCUCCACUGGCCGGGUCCAACUUGUUCCGUCCUGUUCGGUUCUGUUCUGUACUGCAGUUGUUGCCGAUGUUGCUGGUGAGGAUGUUGCCCCGGGCGGGAGUAAACAACACGCAUACCUUAACCAUUGUCCUUUGUACGAAGGACUGAGCACCGCAGGGAGCUAUUAAAUAAAUGGAGUUAUGGGAACUACGGAAUUCUCUUCUUUACUUUCCACGUUUGUCAAAGUGAAUGUUUGAUUGCAACUUUUAGCAUUUAUUUAUUUUAAUAUUUGGUUGAUUAUUUUCUUGUUAUAAACUAUACUAAAAACUGUAAAAAGUUAUAUAAAGGGUCCUAGCUCGAG